ACGAUCUACCUUGGAACAUCAGGAAGUUUAUGCACAAUAAGCUACACAGUUUUAACUUCACGGCGCAGCUUAAGAAAAUUCGUCCCUGGUCCCGCUCCUCCUGGUCCCACACUGACCUGCCCAGACUGAAGGAGGGUAUGGUAGGUGCCCAGUUCUGGGUGUCGUACGUGCCGUGUGAAUCACAAAGACUCAACGCUGUACAACUAACCAUAGAACAGAUUGAUCUUAUUAAGCGACUUAUUGACCAGUAUCCUGACGACCUCCGCCUCGCUACCUCCGCUGACGAGGUGGAAGCUGCCUUCAAGGAAGGUCGCAUCGCCAGCUUGAUCGGUGUUGAGGGAGGUCACGCUAUACAGAACUCUCUAGGUGUGUUGAGAGCCCUGAGGGACCUUGGUGUACGAUACUUGACACUCACCCACACCUGCAGCACCCCCUGGGCUGAGUGUGCCAGGGCCAGCGAGACGGACCUGGAGGACCCCGACUCCCCCAGGGGUCUAACACACUUCGGCAGGACGGUAGUGAGAGAGAUGAACCGUCUUGGGAUGCUGGUGGAUCUCUCCCACGUGUCUCAAGCCACCAUGAAGGAGGCGCUGGAGGUGUCGCGAGCUCCCGUCAUCUUCAGUCACUCCUCCGUCUACGCUAUCUGCAAGAAUCCCAGGAACGUCCCCGACGAUAUUCUCAGGAAGGUGGCUGUUAACGGAGGUGUGGUGAUGGUCAGUUUCUACACUCACUUUCUCACCUGUAGUGAACACGCCUCCGUCAGAGACGUCGUGGCUCACAUCAACCACGUGAGGAAGGUGGCUGGCGUGGAUCAUGUGGGUAUCGGCGCUGACUUCGACGGUGUUAACAAGUUACCCGAGGGCUUGCAGGACGUGUCGAGGUAUCCACACGUCUUCGCUGAGCUGCUGGCUGACCCGACUUGGUCCCUAGAUGACCUGAGACAGUUGGCAGGUCACAACCUGCUUCGUGUCAUGCGUGACGUCGAAAAGGUGCGGGUGGCGAUGAAACAGCAGAAGGUAAUGCCUUACGAGGAAGAGGUUCCUCCUUCCCAGCUCCAGGGAUUCACUGCCUGCACCUACAGCUUCACCAAAGACCCCGACGAUUCCUAGCAAUGUCCUGUGACUUCUAGCAACCCAACAAACACAUCUACAGAAAAGUGACUCCUAGAAAAGAUAUUCGGCUUUGUAUUGUCCUCGGCUUAACUGGACUCACGAAUUCUAGCAGUGUCUCAGAGGCUCCUACAAACAUACCAAACAUCACGAGAUAAAAAAAAAAUAAAUUGAAUGUAAGAUUUUAAAUUACUCGUAGAAAUUUACCCUUGCUUUAAACAAAGAAAAAAAAUGAGUAAUUGACAAGAGAAUCCGUGAUCUUCAGACUCGUGUGAACAGUUUUCCAGAACUGACUAGCAGGAUCUCAGCAAGACCAUAACACGAAGGAACCCAUCACGACACUGAAGAGGUGGAGACUGUAGGAAGGUCAAGACACUAUGCAACCCAUCGAGACAACUUGUGACACAUUGAAGGACCUUAUCAUUAUCCUGACUGAAAGGAAUCUAUUAAGUCGUGAAUGAUGAGUCGGGAAGGAACUUUCUAAACUGUCAUUCGAAUUCUCUUCUGCGAAGACAGUUUAAGCUCCUAAUAAAAUAUUUUAAAAGAAAGCCUGUUUUUUAAGUUCCAGGAGUAAAUAACGAUGAACAGACGCGACUUUAUCAAACAUUUUAAUAUAAACUUCAGCUGGGCAAGAGGUCCUCCUUGCUGGAAACGGAGAAUUUGCAAACGUGUGAUCACAUCUGUAAACAGUCUGGUGCUAUUACUAUAUUCUAACUGAAAAAAACUAAAAUGUAUGGAGAGGUUUUUUAAUCAGAAGUGUGAUAUAAUUUCCGUCUUUCUAGA